UUCACCCUACCAACCGGAAAACACCAAACACCCGCGCGGGUGCAUGCAAGGUUUUGGGGCGAUAAGUGAGCUUUGAGUCAGGGGUCUCUCGGGUCUAAGCAAGUGCAUCAGCUCGUGCCGGGCGCGUGGACAAAAGAGGGCGAAAGUUUUGCUUCGAUUGACCCCAUUCUUGUGGUCGCCCUCUCGAGCGAGGGAAAACCGGAAGGACAGUGCGUGCGAGUGUGGUGUAGUGCGUGUUGAGGUGGACCCAAAAACGGCCAGCGAAAGUCGUGACCUGGCCCACCCUCACGUUCGGUGAACUAGCGGUCGUGUUUGCGACGAUUUUCUUUACUUUUGUCACGCAACGGAAAGUGCCACGGAAAAGCCGCCAUCAUGUAUAGUUCCGGCUGGCAGCAGCGGUUAUCCAGAUUUUUCCUCAUCCCACAGCGCGUGAUCCUGGCGAUCAUGGGCUUCCUGGCGAUCAUGAACGCGUACACCAUGCGCAUCUCGCUGUCGAUCGCGAUCACGGAGAUGGUGAACAAAACGCACGGUGGCGGAGAAGAAGACGAUGGUGUUUGCCCGAUCGAUUCCAGUGCCAACCCGGAUGACUUCACCGGAGGCGAGUUCGAUUGGGACGAGGAACUACAAGGCAUCAUCCUGUCGUCGUUCUACUGGGGCUACGUCAUCACGCACAUCCCGGGCGGUAUCCUGGCGGAGAAGUUCGGCGGCAAAUGGACGCUCAGUUUGGGUAUCCUUUCAACGGCCAUCUUUACUUUGAUCACGCCAUGGGCGGUUGAGCUCGGUGGUUCGACUGCACUCAUCGUGAUCCGUGUAUUGAUGGGACUCGGCGAAGGAACGACUUUCCCGGCACUUAGUGCCCUUAUGGCGACUUGGAUCCCGGCGAAAGAGCGCAGUAAACUCGGUUCGUUGGUGUUUGGAGGCGGUCAGGUCGGUACGAUUUUGGGCAAUCUCCUAUCAGGCGUGUUGCUGCACAACAUCGAUGGAUGGUCGUCGGUGUUUUACUUCUUCGGUGGUAUGGGCAUUUUGUGGUUCGUCAUUUUCAGCCUGCUGUGCUACAGUGAUCCGGAAUCGCAUCCAUUCAUUAGCGAGAAGGAAAAGGCGUAUCUGAAGCGUGAACUGGGAACACUGGAACGUGAUCGUACACUUCCACCAACGCCCUGGCGUUAUAUCCUCACGAGCGUACCGAUGAUGGCGCUGGUAUGCGCUCAAAUUGGUCACGAUUGGGGCUUCUUCAUUAUGGUCACCGAUCUGCCGAAGUACAUGAGCGAUGUGCUGCGAUUCUCCAUUAAGGACAAUGGUCUGUACUCCUCACUGCCGUAUCUGGUCAUGUGGAUCGUCUCACUUUCGACUGGCGUGCUGAGUGAUUGGUUGAUCACUUCCGGUCGCAUGACGAUCACGUUUGGACGAAAGAUCUUCACCACUAUCGCUUCGAUUGGACCUGCUUGCUUCAUCGUCGGUGCAUCGUACGCCGGAUGCGAAAAGGCAGUGGUCGUCAUGCUGUUCACCUUCGCCAUGGGUCUCAUGGGCACGUUCUACCCGGGCAUGAAGGUGAACCCGCUUGAUCUGAGCCCGAACUAUGCCGGCACGUUGAUGGCCAUCACCAACGGCAUCGGUGCCAUCACCGGCAUUAUCGCACCGUACGUUGUCGGUGUGAUGACACCCAACCACGCCCUGGACGAAUGGCGCAUCGUGUUCUGGAUCUCGUUUGCCAUUUUCAACGUCACCAACUUGGUGUACAUCCUCUGGGCGUCGGGUGAGGUGCAACCCUGGAACACACCCCAUCUGAUGAACAAAUCCGUCGAGGCGGGCGAUUCACACGACGAGCGAGACAAUACGGCGUUGCCCAAGAAGAGCCUACAAUCUCAAGAUGCCAUUAAGCAGUGAAAGGCUCAAGGUGCACGGUCCGUGGUGAUGCAUUCGAAGCGCGAAAACUUCCGUACCGGAAGUGCAAACAGAGCACCAAGAUGCACUUACAACAGGAAAAGGAUCACUGCAAUGUGUUUUAGUGUAUGAACAAAACCUAACAAACGCACGACACCGUGCGGUCGCCCGGAUUAAUAGUUAAUCCGAAUGUCAGGCCACGCAACUCGCUCUACUGAAACGUGUAGGUUAAUCCCCCCGCCUCCCCGAUGCCCCAGUACGAUAAGCUGUUGUUCUGUUGAGUCUAUUUAUACCACUUAUCAGCUAGGAUACACGCUAGAAUUUACGAUAGGUACGAGCAAGGAACUGAAACGGGUUCAAGAGAACGUUACGAUGUGAAGAUCGCAGGAUCAGAUGCUGGAAAGUGUGUUGCCCUCAAUCUACAAACGAGCGGUGUUUGCAACGUGCGGCAAGAACCGAUGAGAAAGAACUGCUAGAAGUGAUCAGAGGAAGAUAGUUUAUUUUUAAAAAAAUUCUACAUAAAUGAACUAAUAAAGUAGAAGAGUUAAUUUUUAA